GUGGCUCAGAUUGCAUUUCUGGCUGGUGAUUGCAGUAAUGGGAGCUUUUUGGGCCUUGAUUGUUUCUGUGCUGGCCGUCUGGUUUACCAAAGGCUCUGGUUUGCCGGUUGGUGACACAAAUGAAACGAGUGGUAAUGGGCUGCAGAGGACAAUGAGAGAUCUGUCUCUUAAUGAUCCUUCCAUAAAGAAGGUCCUUGCGUUUCACCAGUCACAUAAGUCUGUGUUCCUGAAAAAGUCAGAAGUUCAACUGGAAACCAACAAAGUGGAAGUUAAGGCAUCGGAUGUCAACCUGGAAUUUGUUGAACAUGCGCAGAACGGAGGCUGCAAAGGCAGCAGCAACACAGGCAACAACUGCACCCUAGGGGACGAUCGUAACCGCAGUGUGGGUGAUGACACAGGCAGCAACGGCACCCUAAGGGACGACGGCAACGCAGGCAACGGCAGUGUGGGCGACGCAGGCAGCAACAAUGGCACCCUAGGGGACUAUGGCAACAGCACUGUGGGCGACGCAGGCAGCAACCAUGGCACCCUAGGGGACUAUGGCAACAGCACUGUGGGCGACGCAGGCAGCAACAACGGCACCCUAAGGGACGACAAGGCAGGCAACAGUACUGUGGGCGACGACUAUGGCAACAACGGCACCUUAGGGGACGAUGGCAACAGCACUGUGGACGAUGGCAACAGCACUGUGGGCGACGGCUAUGGCAACAACAGCACCCUAGAGGACUAUGGCAACAGCACUGUGGGCGACGACUAUGGCAACAACGGCACCUUAGGGGACGACGGCAACAGCACUGUGGACGAUGGCAACAGCACUGUGGGCGACGGCUAUGGCAACAACAGCACCCUAGAGGACUAUGGCAACAGCACUGUGGGCGACGAUAGCGGCAACAAUGGCACCCUAGGGGACGAUGGCAACAGCAGUGUGGGCGACGCAGGCAGCAACAACGGCAUACUAGAGGACUAUGGCAACAGCACUGUGGGCGACGACCAUGGCAACAACGGCACCUUAGGGGACGACAGCAACAGCACUGUGGACGAUGGCAACAGCACUGUGGGCGACGGCUAUGGCAACAACAGCACCCUAGAGGACUAUGGCAACAGCACUGUGGGCGACGACUAUGGCAACAACGGCACCCUAGGGGACGAUGGCAACAGCAGUGUGGGCGACGCAGGCAGCAACAACGGCAUACUAGAGGACUAUGGCAACAGCACUGUGGGCGACGACUAUGGCAACAACGGCACCUUAGGGGACGACGGCAACAGCACUGUGGACGAUGGCAACAGCACUGUGGGCUAUGGCAACAACAGCACCCUAGAGGACUAUGGCAACAGCACUGUGGACGACGGCAACCGCAAUGUGGGCGACUACUAUGGCAUCGCAGGCAACAGCACUGUGGGCAACGACUCCGGCAACCACGGCACCCUAGGGGAUGAUGGCAGCAGCCAUGGUGAUGCGUUGGGCAAAAACUUGAAAUAA